GAAUCGAAUCAGUUGUUCGGUGUGCGUGUGUGGAAAAAGUUCAAGUCGACAGAGAGAAACGUGAAAUUCCGAAAUCGUAAAUACGUAUUUUGAGUCAUUAUACCGAGUGGCUAUGCAAAUUUAGUUGCGGUUCUCCCAAAUCAUCGAAAAGCCAACAGGUCGCCACUCGACUAAACUAACCGCAAUCGGCAAAUGAAACGGGCACAACAAAAACUACUGGAGAACCGCUUAACCGGUUUCAAAAUUUCCAUCAUCUCACAGUUUUCUAGCCUAUAUAUUUAAAUUGCAGUGGAUCAAAACAUCAACACUCACACGCGCACCUAUAAUCGUUAAAUAUAUGCCGAUUGUGUGAGUUUGCAUGUGGUUCGCGGGAAAAAAUAGUUUCGGCCAAGGAAAUUAAACAAAUAAAAACAAAGCCAGACGCAGAUAUAACUGUGAAAAUAUACCAACAAGUCAGCCAUGGGUUAUUCCAUUAAGAAUUGCGAAACUGGUGAGUUGGAAUACUUCUACACAGAUACCGUGCGAGUGAAUAGGCCGGCCUACGAUGAGGAAACCGGUGAGCCGAUCCACGAUCAAAUCUCGAAGAUGCGCUUUCGAAAACACACCAAUUUCCAUGUACCUAAGCACUUCCUGCGUGGAACCAUCUGUGAUGAGGUGGACGAUGAGCUGGCCAAUACGGUGAGGCAUGGAGCAGCCACUGUGAUUCCCAAAAAGGCGUCCAAGAAGGCAACUCCGGGCUACGAGCGAGAGGACUACUGCCAAAUGGAUGGCGUUAGCAGCAACAUCAUUCUGGGCUACUCCCGAAAUCAUUACCUGCUGUUCCUGGUGCCCACGCUCUUCUGCUACAACUUCUUCAUCGGAUCCAUUUUAGCCAUCAUCGAGAUCGUACUGCACACGAUGUCGCACCACAAGAAUAGCCUCACGAUGCAAAAGGGCCUGUACUUCCGGAGUCCACUUCACGUGCUCUCCUCGCAAUUCUGUGCCAUUUGCCGCACAGAAAGCGACAGCAAGUACAAUCGCAUCUUCGACAUUCUCAACAAACAAAUGCGGAACGCACAUCGAUCGGCGGCUCUUAAGGAUAUGGCAAAGGCUAUUGCUUAAUUGCUAAAUUAGUUUCAACACGGUCUUUAUAUUUUAGUAACAGAAAUGGUUUUGUCACACGAUCAACAAAAAAUAAAUGCACUCGUUUAUCACUCAA